AUGGAAAAUAACUUGUCCCUGGAAGGAAAAGGGAAACAUCAGCGCCUGGCUAAGCUAGGUGUUCAGAACAAGGAACGGCAUGUAAAACCACAAUGGGAGCGGAGUAGGCGUAUUAUGGCUUUGGUGCCUCCUGCAUGCGCCCCUUCUGAUAGUAGCAAUACUUCAGAAGAUGAAGACCAGGUUACUAAAUUACUAGAACACGUUGAGACGAAUGACUUAUCUGAUUUUAGUUCCGAGCCAAAAUCAAUAGAGUCUUCUUUAGAAAGUUUAAAUAUCCUGGACGAUCUAUCUGAUAAUAGUAACUCCAAUAUCCAACAAAAUCCAGAAUCUCCCAUAUCUCCUUACGAAGAAGAUACAGUCCCAUUGACUCCACUUAUGAAUGAGAUAUUUAGACCGGGGUCAGAGUUACUACAUACCUUACCUACGUUAAAUUCGCCACUUUUAUCUGCACUUCCGGAAAAUACAAGAUCAAAUAAAAGAAAAGCUAUCAAUAGACCGAAAUUAGUAACAAAAAAGAAUUUCGCAAUUCCGUACGAUAAAGUGAGUGGCUCGCAGCCAAAUGAAUCAUUUAGUCAAGAGCAGUGA